AUGGGACUAAUGCAAAUUAAGAUGCUCAGUACUCCCCUUCUUCCUAUGUUAAGCUUGUUGUAUAGAUAUCAUUUCGUCUUUGAUGAUCCCAACUUUCUUCCACUUGGAAUAUUUAUUAAACUUGGAAUAUUAAUGAUAUAUAUAUUCCCAGAUAACAUGUUGUUAACUUCCUUUAAUAAUUUAAGUGAAUUUUAUCACCCAAGGAUACAUAUAGUUUGCAAUAACAUGAUACCAAUGAAACGAUAUGGUUAUGUAAUGAUUUUUCAACUUCGCAGGACUAUGGAAAUUUAA